CUAGCAAAAGCAACCGUGGUUGUUGUCAUCUUGCGCUUCGAUCGAGAAAAAGUGGCCGGGCUGGGGCUUGGCAAGAGCGAAUCGCGUAACCAUCACAGCAACGCCAGCAAUUUUAGCCGGAAAGUGAUCAACCCGCAACGGACAGAAAGCUUCCGUGCUGGGGGCAGGUAAAUUGUUGACCGUCGGACCGUCUAGAACACCGGAUAAAAGCGGUCCCAGCUGCCGCAUUCCCCCCGUAACCAUCACCGCCGUCGGAGAGCGUCCAGUGUGUCAGUGGGCUUGCAAGGGAAGUAGCGUGUUACCCAGCGUAAAGGCGAGCGCGCGCGCUUGUGUGUGCAUUCCGUUCGUUGAAAGGUCACACCGAAUUGCGAAUCAGAGAAAAAGCGGACCGCAGCAGUUUUCCGAGCGUUCAUCUUUACUGCUGAAAUUCAAGAAUCACAGCUCUUGCACGCAAACACGCAUACACGCACACAUCUUAGCAAACACAUACAGUCACAGGCAGCACAGCAACAACAAAGAUGGUGAAACGCAAACCACAGGCUAUGAUCGAUUCGGAAAGCAGCAGUGAUUCGGAUUCCGGUUCCGAUCUCGAUUCGGAACUGCUUUCAUUGGCCAAGAAGAAGAAGACAACCCGCUUGGCGUCCGCCUCGCCGAACCAUGCCAGUCACAACCGGUCCGGAUCCGGAUCGGACUCCGGCUCCGGGUCCGGCUCGGACUCGGACGAUGAUGACGAUGACGAGGAGGAGGAAGAGGAGGAAGAGGACGAAGCAUCCGGCUCGGAAGCGGUGGCAAAGCGCAAGCGAAAGGGAGGAAAACCAACGUCCUCCUCCGAGUCGGAGGGCGAAGGAGAGAAGGAUGAUCGCAAACGAGGCCCCAAUGUGCCGGCGACCGCCGCUGGCAACACAGCACUGGCCGGAGCAGGAGGAGGAGGAGGUGUGAAGCGCAAACAGCCGAUCGACGCCGGUAACGGGUCCGAGCCGGAAGAAGGUCAGGUAUCGUCCGACUCGGAAAAGGCUCGCAAGGGUGCUGCUGCUGCUGCCGCGGGUAAGCCAGCACCGAGCGAGGACGAGUCGAGCGAUGGAAACAGCAGCGACGACAGUGACAGCAGCAGUAGCAGCAGCAGUAGCAGCGAUUCCGAAUUCAACGAUGGGUACGACGAAAACCUGAUGGGCGACGAUGCGGACCGAGCGCGGCUGAAUGCGCUGUCGGAGAAGGAGCGCGAGACGGAGAUCUUCAAGCGUAUCGAGCGGCGCGACGUCAUGAAGACGCGCUGGGAGAUCGAGCGGAAGCUGAAGCUGGCCAAGCGGGCGGAGCGGGCGCGCGACAAGCAAGCGCAGCCGGAGCACAAGAAGAAAAAGAAGGAAAAGAAGAAGGCACAGAAAAAGGCGGCUGCUGCGGCAGCGGCGGCCAACGCGGAGCGCGAGCGCAAGAAGGCGGCCGCAGCAGCGCAGGCAGCGGCACAGGCAGCGGCUGCUAAUGCGGCAGCAGCGGCGGCUGCGUCGGCGGCAGCUGCUGCAGCGGCUUUGGCUGCACAGACGACGGCCAAAUCGGCUGGUGACAUGUCCGGCCCCGUGCCGAUGGACACGUCCGAAGAGGGCAGUGGGAUGGGAGCGGACAGUCCUUCCUCGUCCCCGGAGAAGAAAGGCGAUGACGUUUCGAGUGCUUCGGAGUACUUCGAUCCAAAGGAACGGUCAAAGGAGCGCAAAAAGACGGUCGAGAUGAACCGCACGGACGACAAGCGCAGCAACGCGAUGGCAAUGCUGAAGGCGAAGCGCGAGGGCAAGGCGAAACGGGAGGAGGAGGAAGCGAAGCGCGAGGCACAGCGAAAGCAGGACGCCAGCCAGCAGGAGGACAAGGAGGAGCUGGCCGACGUGCCCGGUGGCAAGUCGCAGAUGAAGCUCAAGGCGUCCGACAUCUAUUCCGACGAUUCGGGCAGCUCGGACGAUGACGACGAUGACGGUGGCAACGAGCGGGAGAAGAAGGCGCGUGGCGACCGGCGCUCUCGCUCGGGCGGCAGCGGGGACAGUGGCAGCGGCAGCGACAGUCGCUCGUCCAGCGACUCCGAGGGCGAGGACAAGGAAAAGAAGGCCGGCUCGGGCGCUGGGUCCGGGUCGGGGUCGGGAUCCGGGUCCGGGUCGGGGUCGAGCAGCCGGAAACCGGUCGCCAUCAGCUCGAACGCGGAACUGAACAAGCUGCGCAUCUCGCGCCACAAGCUGGAACGCUUCAUCAACCUGCCCAUCUUCGAGCCGACCGUGAUGAACUGCUUCGUGCGGAUCAACAUCGGCAACAAUCAGGGCAAGCCGGUGUACCGCGUGGCCGAGAUCGUUGGCGUGGUCGAGACGGCCAAGAUCUACCAGUUUGGGCGCAGCCGGACGAACAAGGGCUUCAAGCUGAAGCACGGCAGCCAGGAGCGCGUGUUUCGGCUGGAGUUCGUGUCGAACCAGGACUUUUCCGACACGGAGUACCAGAAGUGGCUGACGGUGUGUGAGGCCACCGGGACACCGCUACCGACGGUCGAUAUGAUCGAGCGGAAGCAGCGCGACAUCAAGGAGGCGUCCCAGUACGAGUUCAAGGAUGCGGACAUCGACCGGCUGGUGGAGGAGAAGAACCGGUUCCGUGCCCAUCCGACCAACUACGCGAUGAAGAAGACGAUCCUCAUGAAGGAACGUGAUGCGGCCCAGCUACGAGGUGAGGACGAUCUGGCGCGGGAGCUAAACUCGCAGAUCCAGGAAAUUGAAGAGCGGGCAAGCACGCUGGACAAAAAGCGCAGCAGCAGCAUCAGUCUGAUCUCGUACAUCAACGAUCGCAACCGGAAGCGCAACGUGGAGGACGCGGAGAAAGCGAUCAUGGAGGAGAAACGGGCCACACGAGGUCUCAAGAUUGAGGAUCCGUUCACCCGGCGCCAGACGCAACCGCGCAUGUCCUUCAAAAAGGACGACAAACGGGACGAUACGCCAAUGUUGCCGAUGCAGGCGCCACCACCGCCCGGCCAGGCGGGCAAGAAAAAGUCCGAGGAAAAGAAACCGAACCAGGGGACGGCGGACAACAACCUGUACUCGCUGCACGACUUUGACAUCGAUCUGGAAGUGCCACUACCGAUAAGCAGCGUCAAUGUGCUGCCCAAGCCGGUAGAGAAGCCUGUGCGAGAGUCCGGCCCGAAACGAUCGCUCAACCUGGAAGACUACAAAAAGAAGCGUGGACUGAUCUAGGUUCGGUGGGGCGGUAUUGUGUUGUUGAGACCAUGGUUAGGUUUUCUCCUGCUCCCGAUUGUAUAUUAUUAUCAUUACGUUUAUCACGAACGACGAGCGGAGAAGGAAGCUUCCGUAGUAGAUAAAGUGGAAAACAAUGUCGAAGAUAUCGCGCUUAGAGGUAUUACAAUGGCAUCGACGACGCAAGGUAUGGUGGAAUAGUUCUCUUUAACAAGCAAACAAUUACGAUAUGUGUAUAUCGGUUCGCGUGAGAUGAUUAGGUUUAUAAUUUAUUUAAUGCUUUUAGUCGAUCGUCCUGAAAGUUGUAACUCUUUUCAAGCCCUUUUUGGUAAGCUUUUGUUUGUAUUUUGUACACUUAUAUAUGUGCACGCUGGUAGACGAUGACGAAUCUAGCAGGAUGUGUGGUCAUACUUGAGCAGCGCAGCUCGCAGUGAAGGUGGUUCCGCGAGCGUUUCGGACAAAGAGGUGUUCUAGCACCCAGCGAGGCAACAAGAAAGUACCGUAUCAGGGGAAUAGCAAACACUCAAGCAAUUACGGAGAUCAGCUCGUAUUAGGACAACAUUAUUUGUAGCGAUAAGGCAGGUUAAGGCGCUGUUACAACAACACUACUGCUACGGACAUGUGUAGCAGCCGCAUUGUGACGGGUAAUAAAGGAUGAAGACACGAAAAACAGACCACGAAA